AUGAAAAUUUUAGUAGCAUUAGUAAUUGCCUUGUGCUUGUUUACACAUCCCAUUGUGUGUAAGAAACAUUACAAUGAGGAGGAACACUCUGCGUUUGAGAAGAGCCACAAAAAACUGUCACUAUAGGACGAUCCUUCAUAUUCUAAAUUAGAGGAAAUUUAAGACCAUCCACUUGGUUCAAAAAUAUUACAGACAAUAGCCUUGUAAUUGAGAGGAAAUGAAUCAUUAAGUGCUGUGAGUAAAUUGCUAAACGACUUAAAGGGAGAUUUGGAAGGUAAAUAAAUUGAUGCUGACAAUGAAAGAGCAUAGAUCGGAUCUUAAUGCAAGAAAGAUCUUUAAAAUUAUAGUCAAAGAAUCAGUUUGUCAAUUAAUGAAAUUAAAGAUGCUGAGUUUAAAGCAAAGAGAUUAAAUGAAGCAAUAGCAGUUUAUUAGGCAGAAAUAAAUGAGAAAGCCAGAUAAAUUAAAGUAUUCUAAGCCAAAGAUGAUACCUUAAGAGACAUUAGAAGAUAAGAUAAUUUAGAUUUCUCAACAAGAACAACUUAAAUGAAAGAGAUGGUUCAAGCAUUCGAAGUUAUCCUUCCAAAAUUGCAUUAAGUUUGGGAUGUAGCUGCAUAACACAAAGCUGGAUCAUUCAUUGAGGAAGAGGCAAUCAAUGAAGCUUUAGUUUAAUUAGCCAAAAUUGGUGAAGAAAACCCAAUCACUGCUAUGGUUGCAUUAACUUCAACAUUGGAACCAACAGCUGUUCAAACUUUAAUUGAAAAAAUGGAAGCAAUCAGAGAUUCAAUUAAGGAAAGUAUCAAAGCUGAAGAAGAUGCAGAAGCAAAGAAUGCCAGAGAUACAGAUACUAUUUUAGCAGCUAUCUUUAAUGCCAUUGAAAGUUUGACAAGAGAAAAAGCAAGUGAUGAAGAAGCUUUAUAAGAGACAAUUAGAAAUAGAGAUAUAUAAGAUAAGAGAUCUAGAGAUGCUCAUGCUGAGUUCAAUGCAGCCAAGAAUGGAAAUCAAUAAAGAAACUAAUAAUGCUAGGAGUAUGAAUUACAAUACCAAUAAAAUACUAUCGAAAGAGAUAAAUAGAUUGCUAUCAUUAGAGAUGUCUAAAAUAUCAUCGCAACAAAGAUAGAAGUAGUAACCUGCUUCGUGGAGGAGAAUAAUUUAUUCUGAAUAAUAUGAUAAUUAUUAAGCAUUAAUCAACAGUACCUAAAA